CCGAUCGUUCGCCACGUGUCUUACCUGCGUCCCCUCCCUUCCUCCCCGUCGCCUGCACCUUCAUCCUCUUCCUUCGCCACGGAAGAAGACAACGAUCCACCAUCACCUUCUUCCUCCCCUGCAUCAUCUGCCUUUUCCCAGCCUCCGUCCCCGCCACCAUCGCCAUGAGCUUUCUCACGGAGCGAGCCCUCGACGACCAUCUCUUAACACCACGGGGUUACAUCUCGGCGAUUCGACAGGUGUGUCAUCCACGACUCAACCUGGAUCUUCUACGACGGGCGCAGUUCUUCUGCACCACGGGAGUGUAUGCAGCGGCUGAGUUCCGAUUCGCGGGCAGUUCUCAGGCGGUAGUAUUAGCGGAAGCAGUGGCUAUCCAUCGGCGAUCAGCUCCGAGGAUUAGCCACGUGUCCACGGUCAUCGGCUUCAGCGGCAACAUCAGCACGGUCAAUGCGCUCCAGCAUACGGCCAUCCAGACGUUACUGAGGAAGUGGGCGCAGCAACUGGCCACGGAGUGGAACCACUCUCUUACGCGCCCUGGGGAGAAUCUUUUCCCCACGGACGGCGUCGAGCUCGGAGGGAUCCGAGCAUUCCAGCACGAGCCAGCGUGGAGACUUUGGUGCGAGCACUUCGUCGAGCUUUCGGUGUGCCUGGUCGGGGUACAAAUCACGUGGACAAGGGACGAAGACCAUCGCAAGUGGAGCGAGUACUUGGAGUGGCUGAUUAUCCAGACCUGGAGAAUGGACGUGGAGGGCGAUCUUCUCGGAUUCCUGUUUGAAUCGGUGCGGCCCAGUCAUCGACAACCAAUCGCCCUAGAGCUUACGGUCCCACUCGCGCAGCUGGCCGACGAUCUCCCCCUGGAGAUCGUCUCGCAAAGUGACGAGAGCCCGCUCCCGCACGUCCUCACGCGGACCUUGACGCCGUAUCUUCAGUGGUCAGCGAGCCUAGAGGAGACGGGGAACGACCGCAAUCCGCCAUCACAACGGGAUUAUCUGAGCCCGCGGGAGAUCAUCGAUCCCACCUACUUCCGAGAUCGAACGGCCACCGAAGACGAGGCAAUACAGGUUGUGGAAAAAGAAGAGGAGGAGAAGGACGACGAGGAAGAAACUUCUGAAGAGGGAAGUUACAGCGAACACAGCGAAGGGGAGCAAAGUGAGGAAGAAGAAGAACAAGAACAAGACGACGAAGAGGAGGACCUAGAGUUGGAGGAGUCGGAGUGGGAGAUCUCGGCGGAGGAAGGAGAGCAAGCGGGCGCAAAGGCGGAAGACCCCGAGGCGGCACUAUCGGCGUGAAUACCCUUACAAGGGUAUCCACCCUGGGUUUUGCAAGUGACAGAAAGGCUCGGUUAACCUGGAUUUGGA